UGAAAAUAGUAAAUAUUGAGGUUUCAUAUAUUGGCAAAUAUGUGUGAGUAUGUGUUCUUGUGUUUGCCACUGGCAAGGCUGUAGGUCAGACAUGCCUAAAGUAAACAUAUUACUGUGAUGAACUGAUGUUAAGACGUACAGAUGAUCAGAUGACUUUCCUCUUUUUGGUGUGUGCUUAGGUACUCUUUAAACUAAUUAAUUUAUGUGUAAAAAAAUAAUAAAAAAAUACAAAAAAAAAAAAAGUUUUGGUACAAGAACACGAAACCACUGUCAGAGAGUACUGACUGCAGCUUCUAACCACUUCAACCCCCCCUUUUUAACUCCUCACUCACUGUGCCUUCUGCUCUCCUUCAAUCAACAUUUGCAUGCCAGGUCAUAAGGUCUCAUUCUGGCAUUCAUUACACAAGGGAGUGAUUUGCCUGUCACAUAAACAGAGUAAAUCCACACCCAGUAGCACUAUCCUGCAGCUGCAUCGGCAGACAGGUGAGCCAGGCGACCAAAGGAACCAUGCUUCCCAUGUUUUCGGGAAAGUUAUGCCAGUUUCUCAGCGUAGCUCGGUUCCCUUCUAUCCUGUUCCUUGGAAUUGUUUAUGUAGCCUAUGUCCUUGUUGGAGGGCUGAUCUUCUGGAAACUAGAAGGAUGGUAUGUGUUGCAACAGAUUGAUCUCCUGAAAGAGAAAAGAAUGAAACUACUUGAGAAGUACCCAUGUGUGGGUCAGAAUGGGCUCCGAGAACUAGCACAGAUGAUAAAAGCUGCUUCCCUGAGUGGCUUGAGUCCAGACAGCAAUGACACCGCAGAUGGCUUCUGGAAAUUUACCAGCUCAUCUGUGUUUGCAGCAACUGUGGUCACAACUAUUGGCUAUGGGAAUAUAAUUCCACUGACGACAGCUGGUCAAAUCUUCUGUGUGUUGUUUGCACUUUUUGGCAUUCCCCUGAAUGUAGUGAUCUUAAAUAGAGUUGGAAAAUACAUGCUGGCCAUUGAAAUGAAUUUUUGCAAUUUUCUGGAGAAAAAAAUUGAUAGAGGGAAAUGUGUACGAAUAUCCAUUCACAGUAUAUCUUUUGUGAGCUCAGCAUGUCUGUACUUUGUGGUUCCUAUGCUGCUUUUUAAACAGUAUGAGGGAUGGAGUUACGCUGAAGCCAUUUAUUACUGCUUUAUAACACUCAGCACUAUUGGAUUCGGAGAUUAUGUUGCAGAUCACAACCCAGCAAUAAACUACCCAGAGUGGUACAGUUGUCUGAUGGCAGCCUGGAUAUUCUUUGGCCUGGCUUGGCUCGCUCUUCUGAUCAAUCACUCCAUUGAUUUACUGGAGAGUCUGAAUGCUUACAUGAGAGGAAGGCAGAAUGCACAAACACAAGUGGAGGAGUCCAAAGAACAGCCAGAAAAAGGACUGAAAGGGGAAGAAACAUGAAACAUGAAAAAUGAAUUUAACAGUGGUACAAAAAACAGGAGGGUGUCUGGUGUAUGAAUAAUGCUGUAUCUACUCAUCAUUAAACAAUAUAUGGUUAAUUAUUAAGUUAAAUACUCAAUGUUUAAAGUAUCCUUCAAAUUUAUUGAUAAAAUUCAAAUAAUAGUUUCUUCUAAAAACUGAGCUAAAUGUUUUAAUUAUGUUUUGAUUGGACAAUAAUGAUAUUUGAGCAUCACUCGUCUGACUGGCAGUGUUUGGCUUGAAAAUCUCACUUGGUUCACUUAAAAUGAACUGCUGUCACACCGCAAACCACCAGGCCUGUUAAACUCACAACAGUGAAAGAAUGAGUUUAUUAUAUUACACCAUUAUUUCAUACAUUGGUAAUAUUACAUAUUUUUCAGAUCUCUCUGAAUCAAUAUAUUUCAGUGAUAUCAAACUAAAACACCAGUUCAUAAUCAUUUUGAUGGUAUCUUUGUUCGAGUGUGAGUUAUACAGUGACUUUAAGGGGAGGUCUAUCUUUUUAAAGGGAUUUUCUGUAGUUAAUUUUUAUUUUGUGGUAUGUUAAGGUAUGUACAAAUGCCACAAUAGUUUUUACUGCCCCAACAUAGGCAUGCAUUAGCUGUCAAAUACUUUUCAAACAAAACAUUUAAGUUUUGAUACUUAAUAUACUUGUGAUAUGUAAAUCUAAAAUAAACUGAUAAAUAUCGCCAACAUGUUAUGUCAUUAUACGACAUAAUAUAGAUCCUGAUUCCUGAAAGAAAACAAUCAAGCAACCUAUUGAUAUGGUUACCCCCAAAUGCUAACAUGACUUCUGCGUGCAAGACUCUAUUUAGGGCCAACUGACAAUACACACUCUAACCAAGUACUGUUCAUACAUCCUAUGUCUACAGCAACUGCAGAUGUAUGUUGAGCAUCACACUGAAAGAAUUUCUGCUGUGUAACAGACAAGGAUAUAUUACGGAUCCCAGGAGUUCCAAGUAUGUAGUGUGAAUCCAUGUAAAUUGGGCCAAUAAGGCUUGAUUGUACUGUACAU